UAGAGAUAGGGUCUCUCUUUGUUGCCCAGGCUGGUCUCAAACUCCUGGCCUCCCAAAGAAAAAAUAGCCUCUUUUAAAUCAGCCUGCCUGUGAGUCAGGUGAAAGGAGGUGGUGCGAAAUAGCACUCAUGCUAGGAAGGGUGGACGAUGGAUGGAGCGAAGUUCCUGGGAAGGUCAGCGAGAGCAAGAUCCAGGAGGGGUCCUUGGCAAAAAAUGAGGGACACUCUGUUCUCAAAAACAGGCAGGAGGAAAGCUUAGGAGGGUCAAUUUCAACAUCAAGAGGGAGAACUUGAAAGAAUUCCCAUUAAUUAGCUUUUGUCUUCUCAGUCAAGAAGUGUUCUGUGACGACAAUGGGAAAUUGACUUUUGGAAUUUUAAUUUUUCUUGGCCAAAAUUCCUGGCCUCUAGAGCAGCAUUUCUCAACCUAAGCACUAUCAACAUUUGGACCAGAUAAUUAAUUGUGUGGCCUUUCUUGUGAAAUGUAGGAGUUUAGCAGCAUCCCUGGCCUCUACCCUGUAGAUACAGUGGCAUCUUCUCCCAUUCCCCUAGCGUGACCACCAAAAUGUCUCCAGGUAUUGUCACAUGCCCUCUGGGGAGCAGGAUCACCCCAUGCUGAGAACCAGUGAUCUAAAAUAACAUACUCGAUUCUGGCAAUCCACACGAUUCUUGACUUUUGAAAAGACUGAGAUGAUGCCAUUGGCCUAUUAAUUGUCUUCAGAAAGAACUAAAGCUGCUGGAGUGUGAACACCGAGCAUUUAGGGUUGGGUGAGGGAGAGGGCCCUGCUGUCUGGGGUUGAUCCUUUUAGCAGUCAGGCCCUGUGAAUCAAGAGGAAAUGGAGUUCUGGUUCUCAGAGGGUCUUUGGUUCUGAGAAGCCUUGCUGUGGUUCUAGCCUUCCUCAUGGUGGAGGACUGUUUUGCUUUCUCUGUGGUUUCUGCGUGGGCCGUGAGAAGCAACUUAGUUGUUAUGACAGUUGGAGGCACAGAAGUCUUCUCACAGGUUAGUUUCUGAAAGCCCAUUUGUUCUAAAUCCAACCUGACGUCUACUGAGCUGGGUAUGCAUUGGUUGCUGGUAAGGUAGUUUCAUAAGCCAGCCAGGGAUGGUGGGGACCCUCACUCCUUUACAGCUCUUCAUUUUAGUCUCCAAAGACGCAUUUUGGCCUAAUGUACUUUUGCCUUCAAGACACUGCCAUCUCCAACAUAGUGAAGGUGACAGCGAUUAAGGAACAAGACCAAGGUUGGGUUGAAAUGACCUUGCACAGCCGCUGAUGCCAUCUGUUGGCGGCUGGCAGAACUGAUGCCCUUUGCUGGGAUGAAGCUUUGUUUAUUGCACACAAAGUUGAGAAUUGGCAGCAGAGAGAACUUUCUUUCCACCUGGGAGCAUAGGAUUGGCAGGAUUAGAGAGGAGCAGAAGGGGAGGGCAUGUUUGCUUUGUAGAUUCUGCAUCAGGAAUCAGAUGGUGCCAGGAAUCCAUAGUAGAAAUAAUUCUAGGAGGCCUUUUCAAGGGACUGGUUGGGAUGUCAUUGGGGCCUAAAAUCCAUUUAUGAGUCAAUUGUCAGUUAAAGAAUUGGGCUUUAGGGGAUGACAGAGCAGCAGAGAGGUCUCCAAAUUGAAAAAGCUGUGUCUUCCAUAGAGUUAGCACAUAGUCAUUAUUGGUGGAAUGUGAUUAUUGAGGGACACUAUUAACUCUUCCCUCUAAUCAAAGAAACUAAGACAAGAUCAUGCAAAAUAACAAUUAUAUUCUAUCUUCUUUCCAGGUGCUUUCAAAUACUGUACAGUUGUUUCUAUACAGUCUACUUAGGUCAGUGUAUCCCUUCUAUUCUUAUGAUAAAACAGAUACCUGCAGAUUGUUUCUUAGGUCCAUAUAUCUAGUUGUUCAUGAGAGCUGAAUUGAGCCCAUCCAGUGGGUUCACAACCCUGGUUGCACAUAACAAUCACCUGGGAAACUUAAAAAAUCCCAGUGGCUGGCCUCACUAUACUGAUUUAGUUGGGCUGGGCCAAGGCUAUGUCAUAGGUUUCCUUUUCGGAAUUCAUGUGAUUCUAACAUGGUGCCUAGGUUCGAGGGCUGCGACUCAAGGUGUGGUCCAUGCAUCUGGGAGCUUGUUAGGAAUGCAGAAUCUCAGAUCCCAUCCCAGACCUUCUGAAUCAGAAUCUGCAUUGUAACAAGAUUCUCAUGCAUGGCGGUGUUUGGAAACAGUACAAAAUCGGACAGCUGUACAUGAUCAGCAAACACAGCCAUGAACAGAGCGACCGGGGAGAAGGGGUGGAGGUCGUGCAGAAUGAGCCCUUUGAGGACCCUCACCAUGGCAACGGGCAGUUCACCGAGAAGCGGGUGUAUCUCAACAGCAAACUGCCUAGUUGGGCCAGAGCUGUUGUCCCCAAAAUAUUUUAUGUUACGGAGAAGGCUUGGAACUAUUAUCCCUACACAAUUACAGAAUACACAUGUUCCUUUCUGCCGAAAUUCUCCAUUCAUAUAGAAACCAAGUAUGAGGACAACAAAGGAAGCAACGACCGCAUUUUUGACAAUGAAGCCAAAGACCUGGAGAGAGAAGUUUGCUUUAUUGAUAUUGCCUGUGAUGAAAUUCCAGAGCGCUACUACAAAGAAUCUGAGGAUCCUAAACACUUCAAGUCAGAGAAGACAGGACGGGGACAGUUAAGAGAAGGCUGGAGAGAUAGUCACCAGCCCAUCAUGUGCUCCUACAAGCUGGUGACUGUGAAGUUUGAGGUCUGGGGGCUUCAGACCAGAGUGGAACAAUUUGUACACAAGGUGGUCCGAGACAUUCUGCUGAUUGGACAUAGACAGGCUUUUGCAUGGGUUGAUGAGUGGUAUGACAUGACAAUGGAUGAAGUCCGAGAAUUCGAACGAGCCACUCAGGAAGCCACCAACAAGAAAAUCGGCGUUUUCCCACCUGCAAUUUCUAUCUCGAGUGUCCCCCUGCUGCCGUCUUCUGUCCGCAGCGCCCCUUCCAGCGCUCCGUCCACCCCUCUCUCCACAGACGCACCAGAAUUCCUGUCAGUUCCCAAAGAUCGGCCCCGGAAAAAAUCUGCCCCAGAAACUCUCACACUUCCAGACCCUGAGAAAAAAGCCACCCUGAAUUUACCUGGCAUGCACUCUUCAGAUAAGCCGUGUCAGCCCAAAUCAGAGUAACUUCAUAUGAAUAUCUCAUGGGGUUUUAUAUUUUGGUUUUGGGAUUUGUUUGUUUUUUAAAGAAACUUCUGAUAUGGGAAAAGACUGCUUUGUCACCCAAAACAUGUUCCCUCGACCUGAGUGUGCAUGUGAUUAAGUAACUUCACAUACAGUAUGAUCCCCUGAGUACGCCACACAGCGUCCGUCAUAGUAGAUGAGAGAUGUCAGACUUGCAAAGGACAGAAGGAAGCUUCUGUAGCCACAGCUGUGAGCCAGGGAGGAAGCCUUAUUAUUGGCAUUUGAUGAGGUUGGCACAGACUUCAAGGGUAAAUAAAUUGAAAACUUUGCACCGCUUUGUUAUAAGGUGUGGUCAAAUAAUGAAGUCAAUUUCCUCCCAUCAGACAUGAAAUUUUCUAAAAUACUCUCAGGCACAACAUACCUAAUUAUUAAAUUUUAAACUGCUGAUCACCAAUACUUGAAUACCAAUAGUUACUGAGAUUCCUAUCUAGUUAGUUCGACUCAGGAUUUGGGGCCUAAUUAACUCCUUAAAUUUUUGAAAAUUUUAAUUACCAACCUAUAGAGGCUCCAACUAUAAUGAAUGAUAACUUAUUUUUACCUUCCACAGAAUUUAAUAAGGAUUCCAUUUGUUUCUGUCUUUUAAUAACUUUCCCCUUUGUGCCCUGAUGGCCUCGGAAAUCUUUUAAGAAUUGCAUGGAUGACUGUGACCAUAACUGACUAAUUCUGGAAUGGUUUAGUUUAGGAACCAAGAGGCCCAGGUAAGGCAACAUCUUUUAUCUCUACAGGUACCAACAAACCUUGACUUGUCAGCUUCCAUUAUUCAUUAAGAUUCUCAGAAUUUGCAAUUAAUUGAACAGAAUCCAUUGACUAUUUGCCCAUACAAAGAAGUUCAAGGGAAGAAUAAGCUGACCGGGCUUUAACACUGUCAGAAUGUCUGGUGCAUGAACCAUGAAAAAGAGAAUUGUCUCCCCUCCCCCUCUUUGUUUUACUCUUAGUGACAUCCAGACUUCCCUGGAAUGGAUUGCCCACCACCAGACCUUAGAAAAGACUACCAUUCUUUUGCUUCUUACUUGAAAUCCAAAUGUUGGGAAUGUCACAGAAAUUGAGUAAACACUGUCAAGUGGGAGAAGAAAAUGAGCGGAAUUGUUGACCCAUUUUAUAGAGUAAAAAGAAGGAGUAAUAACAGAUGCCCAGCUGUCUAGCUUUCUUUCCUGCAAGUAGUGGUAAUGUAAGAUUAUUCAUCAAAGUGGCAGAAACAGAAUUCUCCUUUGGUCUAAAGAGAGAAAUUUGUCACCUUUGCACCUCACUGCCUUUGAACACAGAAGGGAGGGCAAGCAGAAUCUCAGCAUUGACUUUUAUCCUCUAAGAGAGAAAGAGAAUGAGAUAAUUAGGCAACUCCAAGGCCCAUGCCCCAGCUAGCCUUCCUGACCAUAACCUCCAAUCUCAGGAAAAGGACCUUCCCAAAAACAUAGAUUCCAAAGGAAAUAAAAUUGCUCACAUAGCCUCUCAGCCAGUGGACCCUGCCUGCUUCCUUCUCUCAGUGCUCAGCACUCUGGGUGGUGUCUUUUAGGUUUAUCCACUCUCCUCCCAAGGUGCAGGUGCUGGCCCCAAGAGCCUGGCACCAAGUGUUCUAAGUCAUAGGUCAGAUUAUCAAGAUCAUUUAUUUAUGUAUAGGUUGACAUUUAGCUUUAAAAAAAGAAGAAGAAACUCAGAACUCAAAGGAAACCCAUUGCAAAUAGCUUAGAUCAACAGUGCAUCUCUUCCCUGAGAAUGAUAGUAUCAUAGUAAGACACCUGUGCAUGGUAUAGAAGCAUGAUUUUUGCUUGUGGGAAAACUUUAACUUUUAUCAAACCCCUUGGACUUCAAAUGGCUCCCCCUCCACACAGUAGUACUUAAUGAGAAUGUUUGGCUUUAGAAAGCAAAAUUCUGCUUUCAGAAGACACUGAGAUAGUGUAUGUAUUUGCUUACCAUUUGCAAGCUGAAAUCAGGGUGGGGGUGGGAUCAUUAUUUUCACAUAGAACAAAGUUAUUUUGUGCAGGUUGUUAACAUCUAAACAUUUAGUUUUUCCUUUAAUACCAUUGCCAUUUCCCCAUUUUAUAAAGUGGCUUCUUGCUGUCAAGGUCAACAAUUCUAUAUUGCUUUAGAAAGUUAAUUUCUGAUUUCCUUUUGUGAGUUUUGUUUCUUUGAUAGCCAGUAUAAUACCACAGACACCAUUUUCAAAGCUACCCAUGGUAGUGUGGUCCUUAGCCAACAAAUAUGUGUACUCUCAAUGUAUGUUCAGUUUUUCUGUCUACAUGUGCUAUGUGUGCAUUAAAAAGGGGGUGGGGUGUGCAGAUAUUCAUUUAGCUGCUUUGAAUAGUUAAUCCAGUCAUCACAAAGCAUAAAUGACUUCAAUAUUUUACAAAUCUUAGUUUUACAUUCUCCAUACGUGAAUUUAUUAUUGUAGGAUACAAGCCUCCAAUGAAUGUGUAAAUAGAACAUUAUUAAUUCUUACAAGAAUGGAAGUCAAAUGGCUGCAUGAUGGAAAUUUAGAAGAAAAAAAGCAGAAACUUGAAUUUGCUAAGCAUGUCUGGGGGAAAAUAGAAUCCUUAACUCAGUGCCUCUGUCUGCGAUAUGGAAACCUUCAACUUUGUUCACCAAAAUUGUAUUAUAUCUGUGUAUAUAUAUAUAUAUAUAUAAAUAUAGUAUAGUGAAUCAGACACCACCAGUUUAAGUCUCUGAUAGCCAAAUUUAAAUAAUAAUCUAUAGUAUAACACAUAUGUUCACCCCAUCUUCAUCUCUGAUGUUAGUGAAGACCAUCAAAGUGACCGUGAAUUUCAUUACUUUGGGUGGAUUUCAAAUAUGAAAUGCCCCUGUGCUUUUUGUUGACUAUAGCACAGCAUUCUUGACUCAGCUGUGUUUUCCUGAGUUGAGAAGAUCUUGGUGUUUUUAUUGCAUAAACUUUGUUAAAAUCACCUCUGAGGAUCAUUUCAUUUUCCCUCUUUUGGCUGUAGUAAGACAAAGCAAAGGAAAAGGAUAAAAACGAAGGGGGCUGUGACAUUGUUAGUUACCACCAUUAAAAGACAAACAAUUUGGGUUCAUUGGUGAACUAAUUUAUAAACCCUUCUAUUAUUGUUUUGCAUCUGUGUGUGGGGAGGAUGGUUUUAAUUUAUUUGGAGGUAUUUAUUAGCCAUUAGUUUUUGUUUGUGAAAAUAAAUCCCUAAGUAGCACAGUUGGGGAUGUAUUAUGCAGACACUUGAAAAACACAAUACCCCCAAAAGUAAUUGUGCCGUUUUCUUUCAAGACAUUGUAAUAAACAAUGAACUAAAAGAAUAGAUUCUGACACUUCUUGAUAAAUCAUUUUUCUGUGAAAAUUUCAGGGCUGAUGUAUUUAUGUGUUUUUUAAAAUUCUACUUUCGUUAGCAUCUCUUCGUGGCUCAAAGACAACGAAGGAAUAGGUCACUGGCUGGCUUAGGUCAACAGUAAUUUUCCUUUUGAGAAGGGUAGGGGUUAAGUGACUAAUGUGACGUGUAAUCAGAUAAUCAAAUAUCGAGGAAUCCUCUAAAUAGUUUUAGUACCUUUCUGAUCAGCUGACUCAGUAGGUUAGGGGACAGCUUGUCAUCUGAGCCAUGGUUCUUGAAAUUUAAAAAAAUCUCUCCAGUGACUGCAAUUUGAUCAUGAAUAAACUAUUUGAAACUAUUCAUUCUUGCUGAAACUGAAGUGUUACACAAUAGCACAGCAUUGGCAUGCUGAGGCAAAACAUUGGGUUCUUCUGUGUUCUACCUUCAAAACAAUCUGCAUUUGAAAUAUAAGUGUGUAAACUUUUUAGGAGUUAGUGCAAUAAGAGAAUGUGAAUAUGUCAGGAAUUUUUUGGAUACCAUUAUUAAUUGUAAUUUUGUUGUUAAAUUAACAUGCUUUAGGAUAAGCCUCUAGAAGUUUUUGCUCUAAAUUGAAAGCAUGUCUUCUGAAUUGCAAGUCUCCCUUCAGUUUCUAUGUAUCACCAACAAGAGGUUCUUUGAGUUGAUGUUGUACCUAUACCACUUAUAUAUAUAUGGCUUCAAGUGUAAUUAUCAGUGUUUACAUUGGAGCUGGGAAUCUUGAUUGGUUGCAUUAGUCAAUAUACCACUGCCACUGCUGAAGGACCAAGUAUUGGAAUGCACAGUGUUAUAGACUACAAGCAAAGCAAACAAAAGUCGAUCCUCACUUAUGCCAUCCUUUUGUGUCAUUUUAUGGCUGUUCUGUGUUUUCCCCCCAGUUAUUUAUUAUUGUUAAUAACUGACUUUUUCUUACAUUCUGUUGUAAAUAAAAUACAAAGCAAUCUUC